GAAGUAAAUAUUAUUGCACAGUAACAUCAUUUGAAAUAACACAGCUGGAUCUAGUCAUUGAGUUUUUAAUAAAUUAACAUCACAUAGACUAAUAAAUUUAUAAAUGUAGAUAAAUCUAUCUAUUCGAAUGGUGCUAAACAUUCUUCCAUUUCGACAAAAAUAUAAAUAGACUAGAUCUUGUUCUAUCUAGUAGCGCUGAAAAACAGUAACGGAAAAUUUAAGAUUCUAACCAUCAUUCUACCCUUUCUUGGGCUCUACUCUAGAAAUCUAGAGUUUAGAGUCUAGACUCUAGUUUAGAAAUCUAGUUGAGACAAUUUAUAAUGCCGUUUCUUCACCCACCAAAAACUCGCGAACCAUUAUGGAAAGAGUGGGAUUAUCUUGCCCAGAAAAAGGGGAUACAUGCCACAAUUUACUCUGUAAAUGGAGAUGAAUAUACAGGAGAAUGGCUAAAUAACAAAAGACAUGGGAAAGGAACUUACAAGUGGAAGGAAACAAACAAAGUUUACGAUGGUGACUGGAAAAAGGGGAAAAGAAGUGGGUUUGGGACGUUAACACAUUCUGAUGGUAAAGGUGGAUUCACCAAGGAAUACUCUGGAGGCUGGAAGAAUGAUCUCAGACAUGGAUAUGGCACAGAAUUUUACUCUGAUGAUAAAUUCUAUGAAGGAGAAUGGUAUGCUGGGAAGCGGUCAGGUUGGGGAAGAAUGUAUUAUGAGGAUGGAACUAUUUAUGAAGGAGAAUGGUAUGAUGACAAACGGAGUGGCCAAGGGAUGCUGAGACUAACUAAUGAAAAUCGCUACGAAGGCUCUUGGAAAGACGACAAGAAGAAUGGAGUUGGUAAAUUUUACUAUUUGGACACUGGUCAAGUAUUUGAAGGAGUCUGGAAAGAUGAUGUACCUAAAUGUGGUGUGAUGAAAGAUUUUGGAAGAGAAAAUGCGCCAGAACCUACCCAAUACCCUAUCCCUGAGAUUAAAUUAGCAGAUCCUGAAGCUGUGAUAGCUGAUUCAGAAGACCAAUUCUUGCAAGACCCAGAAUAAAACUUUU